AUGAUCGACAAGCCUAAGGGGUGCUUCACAGAAGCAUUAGGGCACAUGACGAUGAUCUUCUUGGCGGUGGUGAUGGCAAGGGAUAGGAAAGACUCCAACAUGAUGCAUUUGUUUCUACAUAAUGUGGAUUGGAAGUGUGGAGCAAUUACACUAUCUGAUAGUGAGAGGGUUCACAUAGUGACUUGUAACAUGGAUGAGAGGAGUCAUAUUAAGAGCUUGAUUGAAGAAAACCUCCAGCGCCAAGAUGCGGCGGAGAUUGCGCCAGUGGUAGCCGUAAGGGGACUGCAGAGCGGUGGUGUUGUCGUAGCUGAUAAAGUGGGGCCGGUUCGCCAACACGAUGUCGUUUUUGGUGAAGCAUUCUUGCACCGUCGAAUACGACGAAACAACGACAACGAGACGGGAACCGAACCAAAGAGAGAAGAUUUGGCCGUAUUUUUGCGAGAUAAGAUGGAACGAACGGUGGAGAGGUUGUUUGAGUUGAUGGAGGUUUCCGAAUAUAGGGUAAGAAAAUGGUCCUGGAGGAAGAUUCCUGAAUCUUCUUGUUUGGAACAACAGCUUCAGGGAAAAGAUAAGAAGCAUAAAUACCAGGGAGAAAUCAAAUAG